AUGUCGAAAGGCCUCAUUAUCAACAUCAUGGAGCAACAACAAAAGCUUCUCUUCUCAUUCGGCCGGCUAGACAAGAAGUAUGAGAGACUUACAGAGCCUCUCCUAGAGGAAGCAGCUGAAGCAUUCGUCCUACAAAAUUUUGAUCGCCUGAUCGAAGACGAUACCAACGGCUCUGGUGGAGGGAAUGCAAGGUCUGUCCGGUUCCCGCCUACUGACGAGCUGGUAAAAAUGUCCCUCAAAUUCGUGCAACAGUUCAAGGAUGUACCAAAGAGGCUCAAAUGGGCUGUAUUUGAUCACCUCAAGAUGGAGAAGCUAAUCGCAAAACUGGCCGACUUCAACGACAAGAUGCAUGAAGCGCUCGACAAAGCUCAAGUGGACCUGCUCAUCGAUAUGCAGACACGUACCAAUGACCAAAUAGUUUUGCUGAACAGGACGAUGUCGCACAUGGUUCAAAUCUACCAAUCCCAGCAAUCGGAACAGAUUGGCUUUCGAAGGGCACUGCUAGAGAUGGAAGAUUCCGAGUAUGACGGUCUGAUCGACAGUGGAGCCGUCGCAGCUCGUGGUGCCGCCCGUCAGCCUCUUGCUGCUUUGGCCCAACAAAACUUCAUUCACCUUGCUAUCGAAGACUCUCACGAAGAUCUUACCACAAGCUAUGCACAAAAGAUCAACAUGCCAGAUCUGCCAAAGGAUAUUCGUGAUACUGAGCUCCAGUACAUGGACAUACGCCCUAAGCAGGGCAGUCAAUUUCCCGUGGAGAUUGAUGAAGGUGUACGUACGGAAGCAUACUUCAAGAACACACCCGUGUGGAUAGAAUGGAAAUCACCCGAUACCACGGGUCCCAUGCAGCAGGAUGGUGCCGUGGACGCCAAGAUCCACGCUCGCGUCAAGAAACUGGCCGCCUUACUCAGUAAGCACAACAGAACAGUCCGGUUUAGAGCACCCUUCUGCCGAGGCUACUUUAUCGAUGAGGACGAAGGACGUUUCGGGCUAGUCUUCGAAAAGCCCGCGUCUGUCCCGGCGGACACUGAACCAACAUCUCUACACGCACUCAUCGCAAACCCCGAGAACGAUAUACCUUCGCUCACUGACCGUAUCACACUCAUGAGACUUCUUACCGAGACAGUUGAACGUCUCCAUGCGGUGGAUUGGCUUCACAAGGGCCUACGCUCGGCCAACAUCCUCCUCUUUCCGAAGAAGGGAGGAAGAGUUGAGAACGGUCAGGUCACGCACGGCGAGGUCAACUACUCUGAUCCUCUGAUCAGUGGUUUUGACUAUUCCCGCCCGGCAACCGGCGAUGAUAUGACUGAGCGUCCUCUUGACAAUCCCGCUGCAGACAUCUAUCGUCAUCCCUCCGUACAGCAUAGAGGGAAUCGCGAAGACGUCGGCGGUCGUGAGUCUUACAAGAAGUCGUUCGACCUCUACUCGCUCGGUAUCGUGCUACUGGAGAUCGCUUACUGGAAAACCAUUGACCAGAUUCUGUCCAUCGAUCUUGAAAAGGCACGGCCUAAGCAUACGUGGGCUGUGGAGAAGAGGUUGCUACAGACGGAACCACAACAUCUACGGGGGGUAAAGAGUUAUCUAGGUAAUACGGUGGAGGGUGUUAUUAGGGCUUGUUUGCAGGGCCCUACCGCGUUUGAUCUCGAUGAGAAUGCGGAUGAGAAGAGAGAGGUUGUUGCCGCCCAGUUACAGGAGGCAUUUGGAGAUAAGGUCGUGAAGAAGUUGGCGUGUAUGAAGGGCCUUUAG